GUUUCACUUUCCAGUCCAGAAAAUUCCCUUCAUCAGAGGAAGUGUGAGGUAUUUGUCCAAAGAGAGUAUUUAAGACGACCCUCAGCCUUCUAUCUUCACAGUUCUCCUGUCAGCACACAUUGCUUUGUCUGAGCAUAAAACCUCAUUAGCUGAACCUGCUUCUUUCUAUCAUCUUCACGGCAAGCAACAAACGAAUCAUGUCGAGCAUCCUCAAAGUGUUUCUGCUCCUGGCUGUCAUGGUCUUCAUCUCCAAAGCCCAGCUCAGUGACUCCGGACAGCAGUGUCUGUGUAGACGAGUCAGGAAGGGAAUCAGAAACCCAUCUGAAGUAAAGGACAUCCAGAUUUACCCAGCAACUGUCUUCUGUGACAAAGUGGAGAUUGUUGUAUCCACUAACAGCGGCCUUCGAUACUGCCUGAACCCCCAGCUGAAUGCUGUGAAACGACUCCUGGCUAACAUAUGGCCAAACAGAACAUCUCUUCCCCAGGCAGCACUCUGUAACCCUUUGGAUCCCUACAAAGCUCAGAUGAUGUGA